AUGGUUCAUUUAGGUCCAAAAAAGCCACCAAUGAGAAAGGGCUCCAUGGCUGACGUCCCACAAGAUUUAAUCGAAGCAAUGACCGAGGUUGAAAGCUCGUUCACUGUCUCCGGUGAACAAUUAAGAAAAGUUGUUGACCAUUUCGUCAGCGAAUUAGAAAAAGGUUUAUCCAAGAAAGGUGGUAAUAUUCCUAUGAUUCCAGCUUGGGUUGUCAAGUACCCAACCGGUAAAGAAAAGGGAGACUAUUUAGCCAUUGAUCUAGGUGGAACUAACUUAAGAGUUGUCUUAGUCAAAUUAGGUGGUGACAACACAUUCGACACUACUCAAUCCAAGUACAAAUUACCAGAUCACAUCAGAACUACUCAGGACUCCGAAGAAUUGUUCAGAUUCAUUGCUGAAUGUUUAGAGGCUUUCGUCAAGGAAACAUACAUUGACGGAGUUAAAGGUACCUUACCAUUAGGUUUCACUUUCUCCUACCCAGCUUCUCAAGACAAGAUUAACGAAGGUAUUUUACAAAGAUGGACCAAGGGCUUCGAUAUUCCAGGUGUCGAAGGUCAUGAUGUUGUUGGAAUGUUACAAAAGCAAAUGAAAGCUAAAAAUCUUCCAAUUGACGUUGUCGCUUUAAUUAACGAUACCACUGGUACUUUAGUUGCUUCUUUAUACACUGACCCAGACACAAAGAUGGGUGUUAUUUUCGGUACUGGUGUCAAUGGUGCUUAUUUCGAACAAGUCUCUGACAUUGAAAAAUUAGAGGGAAAAUUGAGUGAUGACAUACCGCCAAGUUCCUUAAUGGCUAUCAACUGUGAAUACGGUUCCUUCGAUAACGAACAUGUUGCUUUACCAAGAACUAAGUAUGAUAUUAUUGUUGACAAACAAUCUCCAAGACCAGGUCAACAAACUUUCGAAAAGAUGUCUUCUGGUUACUAUUUAGGUGAAUUAUUAAGAUUAACCAUUGUUGACUUACAUGACCGCGGUUUAAUUUUAAAUCACCAAGACAUGAGUGAAUUAAACAAGCCCUACGUCAUGGAUACAUCAUACCCAGCUAAGAUUGUUGAAGAUCCAUUUGAAAACCUAGAGGAUACCGACAAUUUAUUACAAAAGGACUUGAAGGUCAAGACUACUGUUCAAGAACGUAAGGUUAUCAGACGUAUUGCCGAAUCUAUUGGUAGAAGAUCCGCUAGAAUUUCUGUUUGUGGUAUUGCUGCUGUCUGUCAGAAGAGAGGUUACACUUCAGGACAUAUUGCUGCCGAUGGUUCUGUCUACAAGAUGUAUCCAAACUUUAAGGAAAUGGCACAUGAAGGUUUGAGAGAUAUUCAUGAGUGGACUGAAACCGAUCCAAGCAAAUAUCCAAUUCAAAUUGUUUCAGCUGAAGAUGGUUCAGGUGCUGGUGCUGCUGUCAUUGCUGCUUUAACUGAAGAAAGAUUAGCUAAGGGAUUAUCUGUUGGUUUAACUGGUGCUUAA